UGCCUCAAACCCGCAUCUCAGUGGUGGAAAUGUUGGACACGGGGAGGGUCGACUUUCAGAUGACAUUGACGCUAUGUAGAUGAGAGCGGGGAUUUGUGCUCCGUGGAACAUCCCUGGCCGAAGUUAGACGGUGCUUCGAGGUGAAGCUGCUCCCGUUUCGCUGCGUUGUUUCCCCGCUCUGCUCUGCUUGGCUCUCUCCUUCAGCACCACCGAGCUAACGGACAGCACCACUCACCUUUCCCCUCCGGAUCCUAGUUUAGGUUCUGCUUCUCUUUAUCUUCAAAUGGAAAAUCUUUUCUUCGGUCUGCUCCGGGAGAAUCUGUAAGGACACAACUUUUAGAUGAACGUACGGAUACUAUACCAUCGCCCAAAAUUCUGUCUGGUAUAGAAGUUUGAUUGUGCGGUUUCCCAACUGGCUCGGUGUUCCCGCUUCUUGUCCUGAUUUCCUGCCCAUCUAACCGUCCCUUGGCUGGGUAACGAACCGCGAAGCUGCUGUCUACGUGGACCGGUGGGGUUAAAAUCUUCCGUCCGCCUUCCAGUCUUGUCAGGAAAUCAAAAUCUAAACAGAGAGACAGAGACAUGGCGACGAAUGGCACUAAAGGCUCUGAUGGACACGUUCUAACGGAGGUGAAUGCCGAGCCUAACGACAAACCCAAAACUUUGGUCGUCAAAGUUCAGAAAAAGGAACUUCCCGAAAGAGAGAACUGGACUGGAAAAUUUGACUUUCUCCUGUCUUGCGUCGGGUACGCAAUUGGACUGGGAAAUGUCUGGAGAUUCCCUUAUCUAUGUGGGAAGAAUGGAGGAGGGGCCUUCUUGAUUCCCUACUUUUUGACGCUCAUAUUUGCUGGUAUGCCCCUGUUUCUGCUUGAAACGUCCCUCGGUCAGUACACAUCGAUUGGAGGGCUUGGGGUGUGGAAACUGGCUCCCAUGUUUAAAGGUGUUGGUCUGGCCGCUGCAGUGCUGUCUUUCUGGCUAAAUAUUUAUUACAUCGUCAUCAUUGCCUGGGCCAUAUACUAUUUGUGGUCCUCCUUUACUACCGAGUUGCCAUGGCAAUCAUGUGGAAAUUCUUGGAACACAGAGCGAUGUUACACCAACUACAGCAUCCUGAAUGCUGCCAACCUCACCAGUGCUGUUCAGGAAUUCUGGGAGCGUAACAUGCACCAGUUAACAGACGGUCUGGAGAAGCCUGGGGAGAUCAGAGCGCCUCUAGCCAUCACGCUGGCCAUCGCCUGGGUCCUAGUCUAUUUCUGUAUCUGGAAAGGUGUCGCCUGGACUGGGAAGGUGGUGUACUUCUCAGCGACGUACCCCUACUUUAUGCUCUUCAUCCUCUUCUGCCGCGGCAUCACUCUGCCCGGAGCCAUCGAUGGAAUCCUCUUCUAUAUCACGCCCAACUUUGAGAAGCUCAAGGAAUCAGAGGUGUGGUUAGAUGCUGCCACUCAGAUCUUCUUCUCCUAUGGGCUGGGGCUAGGAUCACUGAUUGCUCUGGGAAGCUACAACCCAUUCAAUAAUAAUGUUUACAGAGAUUCUGUCAUUGUGUGCUGCAUCAACUCGUUCACCAGCAUGUUCGCUGGCUUAGUCAUCUUCUCCAUUGUGGGCUUCAUGGCCAACGUGACUAAGAGGCCUAUAAUAGAAGUAGCAGCCUCAGGUCCUGGCUUGGCGUUCUUGGCCUACCCUGAGGCAGUAACCCAGCUGCCGAUCUCUCCUCUCUGGGCGAUCCUCUUCUUCUCCAUGUUGCUGAUGCUUGGAAUCGACAGUCAGUUCUGUACGGUGGAGGGCUUCAUUACUGCGUUGGUGGAUGAGUUCCCCAGAGCUCUGAGAGGAAGAAGAGAACUCUUCAUCGCUGCCGUCUGCCUGGUCUCUUAUAUCAUCGGCCUGUCCAACAUCACACAGGGUGGGCUGUAUGUGUUCAAGCUUUUUGACUACUACUCUGCCAGCGGAAUGUGCCUGCUCUUCCUGGUCUUCUUCGAGUGCGUCUCCAUAUCCUGGUUCUACGGUGCCGAUAAGUUCCUUGCCAACAUUGAGGAGAUGAUUGGCCACAAGCCCUGCCUGUGGUGGAAGCUCUGUUGGGUCGUGUUCACUCCUCUUAUUGUGGCUGGAGUGUUCCUGUUCAGUGCUGUCCAGAUGGUUCCUCUCACCAUGAACAACUACGUGUUCCCGGCCUGGGGACAGGGAGUAGGUUGGUGCAUGGCAUUGUCCUCCAUGCUCCUGAUACCUGGAUACAUGAUCUAUAUGUUCCUCAACCUCAAGGGGGAUUACAAAGAGCGUCUGCGGAUAAUGAUCCAGCCCCCGAUGAUGGUGAAAGGAGAACGCCAGGAGAACGGCCCUGAGCAGACUGCAGCAGAAGCAGAGAACCUGGCCACUGAAGAGGCUUACAUUUAGACCUUGUUACAUCCUAAACCCUCGAGGCAAACUCUCUGCAGAAAACAACGUAAUCAAGGUGAAACGCAACCAAGGGAUUCAUCUCAAAUGGCACACAAUUACCUAUGUAGUUACACUGCUUUUGACCAGGGCCAAUAUAGAUAGUGUUUCAUAUAGGUACUAGUCCUUCUGGGCCCUGGUCAAAUAGAACCCUAUUCCCUCUGGGCCCUGGUCAAAUGGUACCCUAUUCCCUAUGGGCCCUGGUCAAAUGGUACACUAUUCCCUCUGGGCCCUGGUCAAAUAGAACCCUAUUCCCUCUGGGCCCUGGUCAAAUGGUACCCUAUUCCCUAUGGGCCUUGGUACCCUAUUCCCUAUGGGCCUUGGUACCCUAUUCCCUCUGGGCCCUGGUCAAAUGGCCCCCUAUUCCCUAUGGGCCCUGGUCAAAUGGCCCCCUAUUCCCUCUGGGCCCUGGUCAAAUGGAACCCUAUUCCCUAUGGGCCCUGGUCAAAUGGAACCCUAUUCCCUCUGGGCCCUGGUCAAAUGGUACCCUAUUCCCUCUGGGCCCUGGUCAAAUGGAACCCUAUUCCCUAUGGGUCCUGGUCUAAAGUAGUGCACUACAUAGGGAAAAGUGUUCUAUUUGAGAUGAAAAAAAAAAGACUUUGAUGUCUAUCUAAUCACCUACCUCCAGGGGAAACAUGUGACCAACCUGAUUACUAUUUUGUUUUCUUUUUUUUCUUAACAUUUUUUUUCUUUUUUCUUUUGUUGGUUUGUUAAAAAAAAAGGAGUAAAACAGAAAGAAGAAAGGUAAAGUAGAUUAACUAGCCAGAUCAGAAUGAAGAAAGGUAAAGUAGAUUAACUAGCCAGAUCAGAAAGAAGAAAGGUAAAGUAGAUGAACUAGCCAGAUCAGAAAGAAGAAAGGUAAAGUAGAUGAACUAGCCAGAUCAGAAAGAAGAAAGGUAAAGUAGAUUAACUAGCCAGAUCAGAAAGAAGAAAGGUAAAGUAGAUGAACUAGCCAGAUCAGAAAGAAGAAAGGUAAAGUAGAUUAACUAGCCAGAUCAGAAAGAAGAAAGGUAAAGUAGAUUAACUAGCCAGAUCAGAAAGAAGAAAGGUAAAGUAGAUGAACUAGCCAGAUCAGAAAGAAGAAAGGUAAAGUAGAUUAACUAGCCAGAUCAGAAAGAAGAAAGGUAAAGUAGAUGAACUAGCCAGAUCAGAAAGAAGAAAGGUAAAGUAGAUUAACUAGCCAGAUCAGAAAGAAGAAAGGUAAAGUAGAUUAACUAGCCAGAUCAGAAAGAAGAAAGGUAAAGUAGAUUAACUAGCCAGAUCAGAAAGAAGAAAGGUAAAGUAGAUUAACUAGCCAGAUCAGAAAGAAGAAAGGUAAAGUAGAUUAACUAGCCAGAUCAGAAAGAAGAAAGGUAAAGUAGAUUAACUAGCCAGAUCAGAAAGAAGAAAGGUAAAGUAGAUUAACUAGCCAGAUCAGAAAGAAGAAAGGUAAAGUAGAUUAACUAGCCAGAUCAGAAAGAAGAAAGGUAAAGUAGAUUAACUAGCCAGAUCAGAAAGAAGAAAGGUAAAGUAGAUUAACUAGCCAGAUCAGAAAGAAGAAAGGUAAAGUAGAUUAACUAGCCAGAUCAGAAAGAAGAAAGGUAAAGUAGAUUAACUAGCCAGAUCAGAAAGAAGAAAGGUAAAGUAGAUGAACUAGCCAGAUCAGAAUGAAGGUAAAGUAGAUUAACUAGCCAGAUCAGAAUGAAGGUAAAGUAGAUUAACUAGCCAGAUCAGAAUGAAGGUAAAGUAGAUUAACUAGCCAGAUCAGAAUGAAGAAAGGUAAAGUAGAUAACUAGCCAGAUCAGAAUGAAGAAAGGUAAAGUAGAUUAACUAGCCAGAUCAGAAAGAAGAAAGGUAAAGUAGAUGAACUAGCCAGAUCAGAAUGAAGAAAGGUAAAGUAGAUUAACUAGCCAGAUCAGAAUGAAGAAAGGUAAAGUAGAUUAACUAGCCAGAUCAGAAUGAAGAAAGGUAAAGUAGAUUAACUAGCCAGAUCAGAAUGAAGAAAGGCUAUGUGCAUGAUGUUAUUGUCAACGGUUCUAUUUCAUAUGCAAAACAUUUUAGUCUUUUUUGAAAUUAUUAUCUAGAAAAUUACUGUAAUUUGAAUUAUAAUUUAAAUUUGGAGGCCCAAUAUGAUUCAACACUACUGUGCUAAUUUAAGAUAUUUACUUAAAUUAAUCUAUUAAAAAUUACAAUUAUUGUAAAAAGGUUAUAUAUAGAUUAUAAUUCAUAUGUGUUUUUAUUUAAAAUAAAUAUAGAAAAAGGAAUGGAAUGUGUUACAGAAAGUAGUGAAAUUAAAAUGCAAAAUGAAAGAUGCAUAGUGGAGUUGAAUAUUGACCAAUUAUAAGCAAUGACCAUUAUGGGAAAGUGCAACCUGAAAGGCCAAAUCUCCAUAUCUAUGUAUAUAAUAUUAUCACUGUUUUCCAAGAUCCGGCCAUUUUUACCACUAUUUUACCCCUUACUUAUUUUCCCGGGAGCAACCCUUUGAAAAGCACAAAGGCCAGUGUGGAUCUCAAAACUUCCCAUUCGGUAUGACUAUUACAAAAUGCAGAUUAACAUUAUCAUACCAGAGACUGUUACAAUUGUAUCUUUGUUUUCUAAAGAACAAUAACUUUUUUUUUUUUAAGAAUCAUUUUGUAGGAUGUGUUCUAUGUAAGAGUGAGAUGGACCAAAAUCAUACACAUGUCAAUAAAAAAUAGAUGACCAACCUAUUGACAUGAGACAUAUCCCUCCCAUCCCAUCAAUCCAGAUAACACAGUACUAUAAGCAUUAUUAUCACAGAAGUAGCAUUUGAGCAGUGACUGAAUGACAAUUCCUUCUAACAAUCCAGAGAUACUGUUUAACUUCAAACUUGUUUCCCACAUUAGUCCAGACCUCAGGAACAGUCGUGAAAAGUGACCAAAUUAUCUGCUGAAACUACUGAGAUGAUAGCCAGUCGUCUGUUGUUAGUCAAUCAUUCUAGUCCUAGUCUGACUGUGCAGGUUUCCUAUGUCAGGUUCUGAAAGAGAAGCGUUAUAGAGGGACCACAACCUACCCUGGUCCGAAAACAUAGGCCAAUAUUACUACUGAAAUUAUUAUUUUAUUUUUUAUUUUUUUGGAAAAAGGAAACAUUAAUUAUCAAGUUGUUUUUCAAUAAAUAAAUAUAUAUAGUAUCAAUCAAAAAUACGCACACACCUACUCAUUAAAAAGGUUUUUCUUUAUUUUUCUACAUUGUAGAAUAAUAGUGAAUACAUCAAAACUAUGAAGUAACACAUAUGGAAUCAUGUAGUAACCAAACUGAGAUGAUUUGGGAGGAGUUGGACCACGGAGUGAAGGAAAAGAAGCCAACAAGUGCUCAGCAUAUGUGGGAACUUCAAGACGGUUGGAAAAUCAUUCCAGGUGAAACUGGUUGAGAGAAUGCCAAGGCGAAGUGUGACUACUUCUAUAUUUGUUUAACUCUUUUUUGGUUACUACAUGAUUCCAUAUGUGUUAUUUCAUAGUUUUUCUGUCUUCACUUUUAUUCUACAAUGUAGAAAAUAGUACAAAUAAAGAAAAAACCCUGAAAUUAGUAGAUUUGUCCAAACUGUUGAUUAGUACUGUAUAUAUACAUAUACAUAUACAGUGGGGCAAAUGCAUUCAAUGUGAUUUUCUGGAUUUUUGUUUUAGAUUCCGUCUCUCACAGUUGUAGUGUACCUAUGAUAAAUAUUACAGACCUCUACGUGCUUUGUAAGUAGGAAAACCUGCAAAAUCGGCAGUGUAUCAAAUACUUGUUCUCCCCACUGUGUAGACCGAUUAGUACUGUAUAUAUACAUAUACAUAUCUAGACCGAUUAUAUAGUAAUCCAAGCAAAUGAUCAAAGUUGUGUUUCUAUAAAGAUUAAACUAGUUUGUUUCCAUGGCAGCGACAAAUGACAAGGAUCUGGUUUAAAUGAGUCAUUUUAGUCUCUGCAAAGAAUAUAAAACUAAAAUGUGCAAUGAAUUAAGGUUCCCAUUAAUUUUGUAUAAAGUUACCAUACUGCAGUUUUCUGUCUUAAAUGAUGUUGUAAAACUCUACUGUGUUAUACAUGUAACUGUGAAUGUCCAUAUGAGUUUUUUCUUGUCUAAAUGUUGAAAAAUAUCUGCUAUUAUUUGCUGUUUUCUGCAAUAAUAGGAUUAUUUCAGAAACUAAAGCACAUAGAUCUUAUAUUAUAUAUAUCUUUCUGAAAUGUAAAAAAAAAUAUAGAUGGCAAUAACAAUAAUAGUAGAAUAAUUAAAUCAUAGAUACACUUGUCUAGUCAAAGAAUCUUGUUUUGUAUAUUUCUACCAGUCUCAUGGGCCUAAUGUAAAAUAUUCUAUGUACAAUAUAUAAUACAUGUCGUUAGAUGGUGUUAUAUGAAAAAGCAUGAUUGCCAUAUAUGUUAUCUGCAGAAGUAAAUAAAGAACUAUAGAUUAUAA